CAAGUCAGCCUGCUUUUGUGUAACCUGUAUAUUUACAGUAACCUUAGUUAAUCCCGUACAAAAUAGGACCAUGCUCGCCAAUUCGGCGGUGGUGUUGUGACGUUUUGUUUCAACAAACCAGUGCGUUGGUGCAUUCCAUGGUGUGUGCCAAUUACGUAGCCAUCGCAUCCAGCGGCUGCGGCACGGAUAUAAUUCAAAACACACUGCAGAACGUGGAACUUGCGGCAGGCGGUGCGUGGAACGGUGCCUGAUGAGUGGUUGGCAGUGUGCCCCAAGUACUGCAAGAUAAGAUGCGCAAAACAUGGAUCAAGCGCGACAACAUCUACUAUAAACCAUUCUACAAGCAGAAGCUCAAACUCACGCUCAUCAGCGUGCUCAUGCUGGGCGUACUGUUUUUCGUCUAUCAGCUGGUGUACAUUAGUCAGUUGUUACCGUCGGGGUCGACCCUGGCCAGCCAGAUGCGCAUUCCGCUCAAAGCUCUUAGUAAUGAUGAUAAUCCCGUUGCUUCGCCAGAACUGGGCCGGGUAGACGGGACGUCCAGCAGACAGCGAGCGGGCGGCGGCAGUGACGAUCGGCGGGACUGGGCCAACGGGACGGUCUCCAACCACCGAACAAGCGCCACGGGGAAUAGCAACCAGUUUGCGUAUGUCGAACGAAUAGGAAACUAUGAGCGGUUGAUCCUGCGCGGUAUCCGACUGCGUGAUCUCGAUCGCUACACGGAACUGCCGAGCGGCAAAUUUCGGUGCCUGAAAUCGGGGCGCGAAAUCGUGUGGGAGCGGGUGAAUGACGAUUACUGCGACUGCACGGAGGAUGGAAGCGAUGAACCUGGCACCAAUGCUUGCGAACGGGGAAAGUUCUACUGUCGCUUCCAGAAGCGCCACAGUACUGGCCGGGGGACGGACGUAUCGAUACCGAGCAGUUGGGUGAACGACGGUGUUUGUGAUUGCUGUGAUGGUUCCGACGAGUGGCUGCUUACGAUGGCCGAGCCCUCGAGUGGCCCUUGCAUCAACACCUGUAAGCAUACAUAUUUCCUCUAGGAGUUUCUUGCUCCGAAGGACAACUCUGUGCCGAAUGCUGGGAGCCCAAUGGGAACCGUUCACACUUCGGUGUUCGGCGUUUGUCUCACGGCGGAGGAUAAGCGACGUACAUUCGGCGAAGGAAAAUAAAUCUCCAUUCCGUUUCGAGAAAGUAAUACUUAGCGAGUUUUGCGACGUUGCACCAGCAUGCUAUACGAGUCAGGUAAAUGUUAGGUUAAACUGCAGUUUCAAAUUUAACCAUUCUUUUUUAGUUCAUAUUCUGUUGUAUAAAUCCUUUUAACGUAAUGCGAAAAUGCAGCCCGGCAGCACGCGCUUGCGAAGUUGCAUCAGACUGGUUCCGGAUAGCGACCGGAUAGCGACCGGAUACAUAUCGAGAUCGGAUGUAUCAAAGAGAAUCGUACAGACAAACUACCAUAUACAGCCAAACUUUCUUCUAGCAUUGUUCGAGGACGUUUCGAUGGCGUUCGGUUCGUUUCUAACAAUAUUCCCUAAGGAGAGAUACGUCCUUUGCAUAUCAAACCACAACGAGUAGCUGAUUCUCAUUUAUUAUGUUCGUAAUGAAACCCUA